AUGAAUUCCACUCCAAUCAAGGCUCAGCUUCUGAAUAAUUCAGAUGAAGAAUUGCAUAUUUUAACACCGAUUCCACAAAGAGCCAUGACGCCACUAACAUCUCCUUUCACUCAAUCAAUUCUUAAAUUAUCCCCAAUUCGAACAUUCGCAUCUCCUGAAUCCAACUACAAUCAAAUGUAAAUUCCAAAUAGUUCAUUUACUCCUAAAACACUUUGGGCUACCCUAGGAAACUUAUCCCCAAUCUGCCAAGAAACAUCUCGUCCAGACCUUUUAGCAACCACAACUCGAUUUAUUCAAAAAUUAGAUUUUUCUAAGGUUCUUGAAGGAUCAGCACGAUUCAAAGCAAAUUCUCUAGAAGUUGAAGUAAAAGUCCACGAUGACAUUAUUGAUGACGGAAGUCUAUUGACUUCUCUAUCAAAUUUCAAACCAAAAAAGCGACCUCGACACUUGAGCAAGACUGAUAAGAAAAUCUGCUGUAAUUGUUCAAAGUCAAGAUGCCUGAAACUAUAUUGUGACUGCUUUAAAGCAGGAACCUAUUGUGAUGGGUGCAGCUGUGUAGAUUGCUAUAAUAUUCAGCAGCACGAAAAUAUUAGGCUCAGCGUCAUUAACCAGAUUUUAGAAAAAAAUCCGACAGCUUUUAAGCCAAAGAUUAAAACAGUCUCAAUUAAAGGGGAAACCAAAGAAAUGCACAAUUCAGGCUGCCAUUGCAGCAAAUCUGCAUGCUUAAAGAAAUAUUGUGAAUGCUAUCAAAGUGGCAUUUUAUGUGGGCCGAGUUGUCAAUGUUUUGGGUGUAUGAAUACAAUGCAAAACGAGAAAAAAAAGAAAAACACACAAGUUUUUAAGGUUGGGCAAUUAUUUCGUAAUUAA